AUGGCGGACUCUUCAUCCUUUCCUCAGUUAUCUUCACACGCCACUGAAGAAGAAAAAAACCUUUCUUUGAAGGAGAAGAUAAACUUAAUCGACAAUGAGAUUCGCCAGUUGUACGACUUUUGUCUCAAAGCUGGCUAUACACAGCCUCAAAUUGAGGAAUGUGCUCAACCCUUGCUAGCCAUACAGAGCAGAGAAAAGCGCAUCAAAUGGUUUUGGUGGCUGUGUUCUUUCGCUAUGUUCGUAGGAUUUGUUGCCUUUUUGUUCGCCUAUGAUCCCACCUACCGCCAAAUCUGUAUUUAUGGCAAGUUUGUGGCCAUGAAGGUAAACAAAAUACUAUUUUAAAUACAGAAGUUAUUAUAGUUCUUUUUGCUACUGGCACAUCUCCCAUAAUGCACCUUACUAGCCCCCAAAACUUUGCACCCGUAUUUAUUCGAAUAAGCGCCCAACCAUCACAAGGGCAUGUGUAAAUAUAGCAGCUCAUUAGGCCUCAUAUAGGGCAAGCAUGUGCGCUAUGUUAUAAGAUUUCUUUUUCAUUUCCAGUUUUACGUAAAAAAUAACUGUCUGGCCAUGUCCACAUUCAUCCAUAAAAUAAGUAUUGGGACUGAGUCAGUAAUAUUAUUGUGUACAUAUGGAUGCAGUUUAGAAGGGGCCAAGGAGGUGAUGUUUGUGGAGGGCCGGGGGAUAGUUGCAAUGGAAAAAGUCUCCAUAUUUUACACUGUAGAUCUACAAAUAUUUAAAACAGGUUUUAGAAAAGCAGCGCAUGGCCGCCAAUAGUAAUGUGCAAUCUUCCAAAAAGCCUUGGGGACUAAAAGUUGAGGGUUAAUUGCCUGCUAUAUACAACUACCAUACAAAAGAGCUGUAGUAUUGCAAAGUAAGGAGUUAAAGUAAUGAUAAUUAACAGUUAUUACCUUUUUUCUCCUUUUUGUCUACUAACUUAGUGAAGUUUCAGUUCUGAAGAGGAAAAUUCUGAGUGGUUGAAGAAUAUAAGAUCAAUCCACACUGAAGUCAUCAUUUUGAUGUUCUUGUUGUUAGGUGACUCUAGACUCACUCAGAGUACUUAGUAUUCUGUUUUUUUUGUCCUUAAUUUUUAGGCUCUUCCUUAUUGGGAUUGGACUGUUAUUUAUGACAGGGAAUGUCUCAUUGACAAUCCCUACAAGGUUCAAGACGGACUGACUGAAGAAGAUUGCAGUGCUUGUCAACACCUUAAAGGAGUAAAGAGAAUUGCUAACGCUAGUCAGAGUGAAAUAGCGGAAAGCUUUCUCUUCAACCAAAUACCUGUUGUCGUCACUGAUGCCGUUGAAGGAUGGGAUGCCUUGGAAAAGUUUGAUCUCAAUUACUUGGCAGAGGUACCUAGGGCUAUUCCAUUUAAUAACCAACCGCUCCCCAUGGGUGACAGUUUCUGGGGGGGUGUGCAAUUUAUUUUCAAGGGGGGUGGCUGUGUCGAUGCCCUUGAUCUUUAGAAUAUUUCUGAGGGGUAUAAGAAAAAAUUAUUUUCUUUUUUUCGGAAGGGGGGGAUGGUCUAUAUCUGAUGUGGGGACUGUAUUGUUGUUUUUAAUCUUUUUUUUUUCUUAAAGGGUAAUGUAGUGAUUAACAAGCCUUAUUUUUUCCCAGUUGUAUGAGAAAAAUGAAGUGUUAGCAGAUCGUUCUGGUGGAUGUCAAUUUCAGAGCACAGUCCUGGAGUAUGAGGACCCCCAUCAACUGCUGUCAGCCUAUAAGAGUGGGGAGCUGACAAAAUUCCAAGCAUUUUGGUACGUCAUAGGGAAUGAAAAGCAAUAAAAAAUCUCAACCACUACGGGUGUAGAACUGUAGAAAGCCUGUUGAGAUGAAAAUGGAAGCCUGGGCAGUGACAUGAAAGAAAACUAAACAUAAAGAUAACCUUGGCAAUUCUAUAAGUUGGAACCCCUAGCUAGCAGUGGGGGGGAGGGGAGGGAGACGGGGGGUGUAAACCUUCCACCUCCCAUACCUUGCAUUCUCAGCUCCCGCUCAUUUUUUGGCCCUUUUAUUUUGAAGUAGUAAGUAUCCUUGUGAAUUUUCCCCCUAUUUCUCCUGCUCCACACCCUUUUAAAACUCCCCCCUCUCGUCUUUUCCUCUCCAACUGCCCAUACUCCUCCAGCCCCUUGACUCCAACUUUUUUUUGUUAAAUAUGUGUGCUCCUACUUCAUAUUUUAACAGGGAAAACUGUGAUAAAGAUGCUGCCAAAGUGUUACGUAAAUAUUACAAGCGCCCCUAUUUUCUUCCACCCAUGGCAGAGGCAGUAGAAGGAAACUGGUUUAUAGUCUCCUCAGCUCAAAACAUGACACUGCAUGUGAGCUCAUUGUUUUGCAAAUUACCAUUGUUUUAAUUAGCAUAUUCAUUAACUAUAAAAAUUAAUAGAGGCAGCAUGGCCAAGUGGUCAGCGUGUUGGACUCGCAAUCCGGUGAUCCCGGGUUUUUGUCCAGCUCUGGUCACUUGCUGGAUUUGUUCUCGGUCGUCCUGAAUUCAAAGUCCUCGGCCACUCUUGUAAAUAGCUAACUACAACCCUGGUCAAAACUCUUGGGACACUAACACAUUAGCUUGGCAAAUUGAGGCAUCUUCCCUCCCCCCUUCCCCCUCAGUGCAGUGUUGACGUUAUGUAUUCAAGUUUUAAUUCAACACAAUCAACACUGCGUGGGGGAGAGGGAGACAGCAGAAAUAGCCCCUUAUAACAACAUCCCCAAGCUUUUUUAAGAGGUAGAAUAUGAGUUAAUUUAGUAAAUUUCCUCAGGUGUCCCAAGACGUUUUGACCAGUGUUGUAGUUACCUAAUCCUGUUAUGUGGUAUAUGAAUUAUUUGAAUUUAAGUAUUUGAGUGGAUUACCUGUUAACUAAGUGCACUUUCCACUAUAAACAAGCCUUUCAAUAUGACAAUAAUAUAACUAGUUUUCUUCAGUAAUUUGUUGAGUGACACCUGACUGAAACCCAAGGCUGUGCUCUGAGAAAAAUUGUGGGGAGCCCAGUGCUCUGAACCUGUAAAAUUUAGGGUGCCCAGCGGUAUGAAAAGAGAACACAGAAAAAACUACUAUUUCCUAGUCACUCAGGGGCAAAAGUAAGGCAUCAGGGACCUCUGGUCGCUGCUUAAAUUGUAGCCCUGGAAAGAAAUGCCCCAUUUACACUAAAGGUGAAUCAUGUUUAAAUGCUGCUUAGUUAAAUGUGGUUUAAAUUUGUUUUCUUUAUAAAAGCUGCCAAAUGUACUUUUUUUGAUUGGAAAUUUAGUGCAAUUUUAUUGCUUGAUGUGUUUAAGUUCAUUUGAAUUCUUUGUGCUGUUGUUGUUGUUUUUUUGUUUCACUUUUUACAAGCUACAUGUAGUUCAAUUAACCCUUUCACUGCCAAAUGUAGCCAAAGGCAAAUUUCGACCAAAAUUUUGACAAACAAAUAGCACCAUAUGAAAGUACUGAUGAAGAGCUUUCAUUUGAAUGGUCACAUCAUAGGAUUUCGUCUGCAGACUCAAAAGUUAAAGUCACCUUACAAAACUCCAUCAAACACUCUGGCAGUGAAGGGGUUAAACAGGUUAAGUUGGUGUGAGUGGGGCAUAAUACCAGCUGAUUAAAAGUUGUGUUUUGUUUAGGAUAUCUUUAGAUUUAUCUCUUUUACAUGUUUAAUUUCUAAAGAAUAAUAUUUAAAAGAACGCUUCUUGUAAUUUAGUGAAUUAUUUCCCUUAUUACAUCCUAUUGGUCAUUACAUGAUUCUUUUUUCUCUACUCAGGUUCACUGGGAAAGUACAGCCACCUGGAUAGCCCAGGUAUUUAAAAAUAGUUUUCUCCUUACAGUCAUGAAUACGAUGUAUGUUUGUAUACAUGGCAAGGGAAUUGAAAGGGUUAGCUCAGUUCUUUAUAGAGUUGGUUUCAGUUCCUCAAAAGGUAGUUAAGUUAAAGGCAUAAUUACACCAAUAAGCAAGAUCAGUAAGAUUUCCUUGCCUAAGAACAUGCAACCACAGCCUAAAAAGUACUGUUGGGCCUUGACUCUGAGAUACAGUAAUAAUAACACAAAAUGUUACUCUAACGAAUACACAGGAAGGUAAAAUACAAAGAAAGAGAACAAAAUUAUAAUCCUAGAAUAAACUGAAAACUGUGCCCCAAACUAAACUUUUUUUGAAAGUUUUCUUUUGGUGACCUUAAAUUAUAAAAUGGUUACCAGACUUAUCAUACUGGUGGCCAGAAAAAAGGACAAUGGGUUGUUACAGAAAAAAUCCACACCCCCCCGACGGAUGGGAUUCUGGAAAUUCUCGCGGGAGGGGGGGUCGAAGACUCCGGAAAUCCAGGCGGGAGGGGGGGUUGACCUUAAAAAAGUCUUCUGCAGGGGUCAUUUCGACCGAUAGUUGAUACAAAUCAAACGUUUAGUUCGAUGACACUUAAGCGCUUUCAGACCCUGAAAAUAGUCAAAAUGUUUUGUUCAUAUAUUUCUCACCUGACAUAAAUGAUAAUCUAAGUUGCUUUACAGGUCCUUUUAUAGCAGAAAACGCGAACAAGAUACUAAAGAACGGGCCUGAAGGAACUCGUCGCAACGUUGUUGUCACGAAGAGCGUCAAACGCCUGACACAUUUCUACUGCACCCAGAGCCCAAGCGCCAAGAGCGAAGAGUGAUUUUUAUAAGCUAAGAAAUUAUGUAAACACUGCUCAGGUGUCGUUCGCAUUUUUGUUUUUUGCUGCUUUCGUUUUUAGUUCCACGCGAUAGAAUUCUUAGUUUAAUAUAAGCUGAAGCUUUAGAAAUUAAAACAAAAACAUUUAGACGUGUUUGCGUGUAUUUUUCAUUAAAAAUAAAUUAAAUUUAAGCCUUUUAUUUUUUCCCGGAAAUCCAGGCGGGAGGGGGGGUCUUCCACCUUGGAAAUCCAGUUGGGAGGGGGGGUCUUGUGCUUCAGGAAAUCCAGGUGAGAGGGGGGGUUAAAAAAGGACCCCAUCCGUCGGGGGGGUGUGGAUUUUUUCUGGAAUAACCCAAUACAUAAGAUUACUCAACGGUUUUCUGUUGUUAGGGUUGUGAAACCAAAUGAUUUUUUUCUCUGCAUUAACUUUCAAUUAGAUCAAAGGGACUGGUAGGUUCAUAUUAACACCAGAUGAGAUUUGCAAGAAUUUGUGCCACAAGGUUGCUGUCAACCUAGAUCCUGGAGAAGUUUGUAAGUUGAAAUAAUUUUGAAUGCUAUUAUAACCUUAUUUAUCCUUGUCCUUAAUUUACUUAUAUUGUCUUUGGCAGCAGAGAUAGUCUAGCUGUAAAUCACUGAUCGUCCUUUCUCUGCUCAAGUGUUGCCCAAAAUUAUGAUAUUUUUUCUUACUCCAAUGAUUUUUCUUUGCAAUUUAGCUUUUUCAGUUCUCCUUCCUCUUCAAAACCUAUUGUUUAAAAAUUUAUUUACUGUUAUACUGGAGUCAAAUCGCCCUGAGUCUGUAGUCAUAAAAUUGUCCCAGGGAGGGGAGAGGAGGGUAGGGGUACUCCCUAUAAAGGCCUGUACAGCUCUGUCCGAAAGAGGUGCCUUUCUCUGAUGUCAAGUACAAAAGCUAUUAUAAUGGUUGAGCUUGCAAUUAAGGCACACAAAUGAGGCCCAACACAGUGCCGUAUCAGUGCUCCUAGCUCACUUUUUUUGAAAGUCAUCUUUUGGUGACCUAACAUUAUAAACUGGUCACCAGACAGAAAAUAUUCACAGCUCGCAUAAAGUUUUCUUGUCAUACAUACCAUUCUACGGAGAUGUAAACUAAAGCCACUGCAAAGCCUAUAAUCGAUUUAUCUCGGAACAUAAUACAUAUGACUUACGUUUAUGACUUAUGACUUAUGAGAGUUUGUGCGCAUGUGAUCAGAAGUAAACAAGGGCACAUACUGCGUUUACCGAAAAAGUUAAUAAGCGCCCAGCCUCGAAUAAGCGUCCACCAUCAAGGUCCAAAAAUUUAAUCAGCGCCCAGGGCGGUUAAUCGAAUAAAUACGGUAACAAAAUUUUUUUCAAAGACAUGAUUCGUACAAUCUUAAAAAGGUCUUGAAAUUUACUAGUCGUCUUGAAAAGUCCUUGUAUUCAGUUAAGGUCCUUGAAAAGUACUCGAUUUAUUUAUUAGGUCUUGAAAAGUCCUUGAAGUUUACAACCUUCGGCUCAUCUACGCCAGACACCUUUUUCUGUCAAACUAAUUAGGUUAUUUUGCCGAGGAAAGUUUGGCUCAUCCUUGGUGUAAGAACCUGUAAAGCUCACAGAGUUCAGUUGUGCAUGAACAAUAUUUUGUUUCUGGUUCUUUAUUUCAAAUGCUAUUUUUGUACCUCAGAUGCAAUUGCAUGUCAUACCCAGUCAUUUUGCAAAGUCUUGUUGUGGAAAGUAGUGUAAAAUUAUGUGAUGAAUGAUGGUCGAAGAAGGAAAAAUCGUAAAUGAGUCCAUGGCGUGUUUAAGCCAAGAGGGUGAUCCAAGGGGGUUAAAGAAUGCCGAUUCAUUGAAUAAAUCUUAGGCCUUGGACUCUGUAAUUUGUCCUUGAAAUAUCCUUGAAACCACUUGAAGUUGUUUGUCUGCAAUUUCCCUCCUAAUUCUCUAAGGAAAUAUAUGGAGAUCAGUCUGAAGAAUAUUGGGGCUUGAAGAGUUAAUUCCAAUAUCAACUGCUUUUUUGCAGUGACCGUGAUGAACACUAUGUGGAAUGUACAGUACAGACCCGUUGGUAAUGAGCCUGUCAUCUCCUUUGGCUCAGGAGUAACUUGGGACUGAUAAUCAAAUGACACUCAAUAAAGCGUACAGCGUUAAAUCAAGAAUUAUGUUUGUUAUAGACGAUUUGAUCAUUGUACGUUUCUGGAAAACUGCCCACCUACCCCUCCCCUAAGCCAAC